UCAGAUCACCGCACAGACAAGCAGCUCCAAAACAUCCGUAAUGCCACCGAGGCUCAAAACGCAGGCGUAAUCACCGCUGUGAAAAGAGUUGUUUUCGUGCUUGACACAUUGCUUUCAGAGCAAACCAGGCUUACAUCGCCUUUCGAGCCUUUUGAGAAGCGAUGGCUGACGGUGGAAAUGUGUUGGAAGGGGAAGUAGAUGAUGAUGAGCCGCCCACCAUGAACUACCCCCUGAUCACAGUGUCUGACCUGCCCAGCACCACCACCGCAGGGCGCAAUCUGAAAGAAUGGCUUCAAGAGCAGUUCUGUGACAAACCUCUGGAGCAGUGUGAGGACAUGCGUCUUCAUAACGCUGCCUACGUGGGAGACUUGGACACCAUUAAGACCCUGUUGCAGGAAGACAGCUUUAAACAACGGAUCAAUGAGAAAUCCGUGUGGUGCUGCGGUUGGCUGCCUUGUACACCUCUGCGUAUAGCUGCUACUGCUGGUCAUGGUGACUGUGUAGACUUCCUCAUCAGCCAUGGGGCGGAGGUGGACCUGGUGGACGUCAAGGGUCAGACAGCUCUGUAUGUGGCUGUGGUUAACGGACACCUGGAAUGUGUUCGUAUCUUGCUGGAGGCAGGGGCAGACCCAAACGGCAGCAGGCACCACCGCAGCACACCUUUAUAUCACGCCGCCCGAGUGGGUAGGGUGGAUAUCUUACAAGAACUGAUCAGGUUCAAUGCUGAUGUGGAUGUGGACCACCAGCUGGGACCGAGGCCUCUGUUCAGUGCCCGCACCCUGUCCACACUGGUGGUGUGCCCUCUAUACAUCAGUGCUGCCUACCAUCAUUUACACUGCUUCAGGCUGCUUCUGGAAGCUGGAGCCAAUCCCAACUACAACUACACUGGACCUGUGAGCCGUGAAGCGCUGAACAGAGGCCUGGCCUCCUGCCUGCUGGAUGCUGUGCUUAGACAUGGCUGUGAGCCGACCUUCGUUAGACUGCUGCUGGAGCACGGCGCUAAUCCACAACUCGUGCCAUGGGAGGAACCUGACCCUGAUGCUAUGGGAAGAGUGCGCGUCAACCCUGAGGCCUUAAACUUCUAUCAGGAGGCCAGGAAACAUCCAAACAGGUUGACCCAUUUGUGUCGCAUAGCCAUUCGGAAGGUUAUGGGCAAACACCGACUGAGGCACAUCUCCAGCCUUCCUUUGCCUGAUUCUAUUAAGAAUUUUCUGCUCCAUAGAGACUUCUGCUCCCUUUCCUGAAAGAGUUGCGAAUAAAGCUAAUCUUAAAAUCUUAAAGGCUGUAUCAUUGUACUUUGUACAAGGGACACUGGUAAGUUUUUGUAGGCUGGAGAUAAUGCUGAUUGACAGAUCUGCAGUUCUUUGAGCUCCAGAAGGCUUUUGUUCUGUGCUAUGACUUUGUUGUAACUGCAGCGGCAUUGAACUUCUGUUGGUGUGAGCACAUUCCCUAAGAAAGCAAACACUACCAGUUUCAUAGCACAUUGUUCUGUAUGUUGCAUGUUGAUAAAAAAAAAAAAAAUCUUUUUGUUUACACAAAUAUACUUAUUCAAUAAGAAUAAUAUAUUUAUCUGAAUAUACUGCAUUGACCAUGUUAUAUCUUGAUAUCUGUUCGUAAGAGCAUUGGCCAUUUAUAUUUAAGAACAAAUUUUAUAUUUCUUUUUUGUUUACUUAUGGUCACUGUGGUGUAAAUGUCCAAACGCGUAAUUUAUGAUUCUUAAUGAAAUGUAUUUAUAUGAAGCUUAAACAUAUUGUAAAACAUUGCCUUUGCCUUAAAUUAAAAUGUAUUGCCUGUAAUAAAAUAUAUUAUCCCCAC